GGGAAAUGACUGGUAUUUUUAAGCUGUUUGUUCUUGCCGCUUAAGUGGAAUAAAUUGUCAUUUCAUCAAAAGUUUAUUGAGCAUCCAGUAUGUGCUAGGCACUUUGCUAGAUGCUAGUAAUACAAAGAUGAAGAUCAAACCCAAACAAAACAAAAGCAAAACCAUUUCCUUAUUUACCCACCCCCUUACCCCUCUCCCCAGUUUAAGGCAAAUUUGGCUUGAGCCCAGGAAGCCAGCCCCUUGGGGAUUUCUCACCAGGGGGUUGUGCAGCAUGCUCCCAUCUUACCCUACCUUCACCCUGCCUCUCAAGGCUGACCAGCUUGUACCCCUUCCCAAGUCCUGCAUCUCCCUCUUGCCUGAGCAGCUUUCCCGUAUGUGCAUUAUUGUGUUCUGGAUGAGGCACUGGGAGAGUGGGGAGAGCAGUUCUGGCAAACUAAGGGAAGCUGCAAAGUCACACUGGCUCAAGUGAGCCUGGAGGGGUGCAGAGGGCAGGGAGCUGUGAGGGGCGAGCUGUCCAGGUAAGGGCGGAGGAGCCAAAUAGGAAUGUUACUGCCCUUCAGGCUUGGACAAAACGGGCCCCAUGUGGAGUGGUGGGGAACAGGGCCCUUGGGAGUUGCUCUGUGGGAUGGUGGAGAGUCAGAGCUGGAGUUUAGGGGGCUGGGGAGGGGCCAGGGAGCAAGAGCCCUAGAGGCAUCAGGGAAGAGAGGUCAGAACACACAGAGGGCCUCCUUUUCCUUGAGUCUUUUAACUGUCCUCUCUCCUCACACAGUAGAUUAUUGUCUCUCCUACUGACCAUGCAAGAUGCGGUGGCACAAGCAUGGCCCGGCUCCCCAGUGGCCCAGCCUCUGUGUUCUGUUUGUGUGAUGAGGGAGUCUGUCCUGCACCACCUCCUGGGAUCUGAGCAUCUGGGAGCAGGGCAGGUGGGAGGCCAGAGGCCAAGGGCUGGCUGGAUCACGUCUCCCUGACAUGAGAAAGAGCACAAGCUUCCCAGCCCCACCCUGUUUUCUCUGGCAAGUGGAACCUUAUUCUCUUACAGCUGGAGGAAGCCCAACCACCUUUCCCGGGGAUAAUGAUUGUUUGAAAGGCUUGUUUUGUAAGGAAGCCAGGGAGAAGGCAUAGGUGUGAGGGGUUCAAGAACAGGUCUUCACUAGCUUUCUGGGCCAGGACAGUGAGUGGGCAUCCCCUCUCUAGAGGAAGAGACGGAAAGAAUGCUUGGCAUGCCACUGAGGGAAGCUUUGGGAGGAAGCCAGACAAGGGAGGCUGGAAUCCAUCGGCCUUGCUAGGGCCAGGUCAGGGGCCAAGGAAUGUGCUUGAGCUCGUCUCCCACCAGCUGGCAGGUGACCCAGAGAAGGGUGCUUCACGAUUCUCUGAUGCUCAGAACAGCCCCCUGUACACCCAGUAACCGGCAUCUGACCUCCCUGCAGUUCAGAGCAGUUGUGCGUUUAGAGCAAGUGGCUUCUCUAAUCUGGCCUAGCUAGACCAGUGCCCCAGGCAGCACGCGUUCGUUGGGAGGGAAGGGACGUGGGUGGAAAACCCGGCACUUCUGCGAAGGGCACAGGACAGUCACGGGGGUUAGGUUACUGAUGUUAGUUUCCAUAAGACCCUAGGGAGACUGGGCUGGAAAUUUAAUAUCUAUGCAGUCCUAAGAGGGCACACCCCACACCCACUCAGAACACAGCC